AUGACGUCAUUGGACUCGACUCUUCAUGAUCCGGCGACGCCGCAGUCACAGCGGCCGUCCGAAUCAGACAAGCCGUUUUCUACUCCUGCUAUCGCAACGCCUGAAACGACGUUGGCGGUGACCGCCGCAUGGCCUCCCAUGGCCGCGGCACUUGCGGACGCCGCCGGCUGUCUCUUUGACCUUCAAGCGGAAGUUUACCUUCCCCCUUGCGCCCCGCCGCAGCACCAUCUGACCACAGAGUUCCGCAGCAACCCCGCAGCGGAAAGGGAGCAGAGCGGCUGGAGCGUGUGGGAUCAGGAAUGCUUGGAAGAUGUUGAAGAUGUUGUGGUGAUCGAACCUUCUCAUUAUGCGGCCUCUUGUGAAAGAAAAGGAUUGGCCGCAGAGCCAGGGACAACCAUCACCAGUACCACUGCUGGUACUAGUACUAGAAGCGAUGGUGGUCACGCUAUGGGUGCGGCCACAUUCCUGGCGGACUCAUUCGGCCGUGCGGCGGUUGCCUCACCCCCCUGGCUCUCCGCUCUCCGCCAGCGCGCGGAGAUCAGGCAACCGCGCGCGGGUGUCCAUGGGCGGCGAUGGCGGAAAGGAGUUCCGCAACGGGGGCAGAUGACAGUAAGUACUAUGGGGUGGGAGCGAAGUGAGGAGGCUGCUAUGGGGUGUGAUAAUGUUAGAACUAUCAAGCAUGCUAGUACUAAUAUCAAGAAUAAUAAUAGUUAUGUAAACAAGGAACGGGAAGUGCUGCGUACGGAUGUGGGACACACAGAGACACGGCCGCAUCAUCUGCGAGAAGCAAAGGACGUAGCUGCUGCUACGACGUCGCUGCCUCUUGAGUGUUCCACACUGGACGCAGUAGGGCAGACAGCAGCAGGAGGAGAGGCAGCAGCAAGAGGGGAAACAGAAGCAGGAAGGGUUCUGGUAGGGAGAUUAGGGAUAGGAGAGGCAGUAGGGCAGGCAGCAGCAGGGGAUGGGAGGGAAACAGCUAGAACGAGGAGAGGUGGCAGGAAAGGCGGGGUUGAAGGCGCGUUGUCUCGGUUGAGGGAGGCGGGUGGGGAGGCGGUAGAGGAGGGCAGGUGCGGCAGUGACGAGGGCGAGGAGCAAGGAAAUAACGGACGCAGAUUGGGGGAGGAGAGGCAGGCGGACGGCAGCUGUGCUGGUGCUGUGUGCAUCGAGAAACUGCGAGGCAGGGUGACGUGUGUGGGGCCGGAAGAAGGACGGGCAGCAGAGGACGCACAAGGCGCGGAUGCAGCAGCAGGAGGAACAGGAGCAGGAGCAGAAGCAGAAGCAGGCACGGCAGCAGCAGAGACAGAAGCUGCAGAAGCAGAAGCGGGGGCGGCAGUGGCAAGAGCAGCAGCAGACUCAGAAGCAGAGGCAGAAGCAGAAGUGGCGCACUGUGCUGGCGAUGCAGGCAGCAUGAAGAUAAAGGGGUCUGGUGAGGAGAGGAAGGGAAAGCGAGGAGUGCGAGUGGCAGCAGCAGAAACAGGAGCAGACUCAGAAGCAGAGGCAGAAGCAGAAGUGGCGCAGUGUGCUGGCGACGCAGGCAGCAAGAGGAUAACGGAUCCCGGUGAGAAGAGGAACGGAAAGCGAGGAGAGCGCGUGGCGGCAGCACAGCCAUCAGCCAAGCGAGCAAAGAAGCAGGCAGUUUCAGAUGGCAAAGAGGUGGGCAGUGCGGGUGGGGCUGUGGUGUUAAAUGGUGCUGAUAGACCGACGGAGAAGAGGCAUAUCAGUGGGGUGGAGAGAAAUCGCAUGGAGAGAAAGGGCACAGAUAGAAGUGGCGCUGAUGGUGCGGAUGGUGCCCGUGGUGGUGAUGGUGCGGACUGUGCCAGCAGUGACGGUCACGGUACCUGGAUUGAGGGGCAAGAGGAGGGAGCGACAUGCAAGGACAAGGGGCAGCAGGUAGACCGUAGGGAUGAGAAGGACGGCGGGCAGGACGCAGGACGUCGGGACAAUGCGCAGCAGGGAGAGCGUAGAGACGAGGAGCGGGAGGCAGAGCAUAGGGGCAAGGCGCAGCAGGGAGAGCACAGGGACGAGGGGCAACAGGAAGGCAGUAAGGAGGAAGAAGCAUGGCAACCGGCAGUGGUGUGCAAGCAAGAGGCGCAGCAAUGCAUGAAAGAGAGACAGACGGGCUUGCGUCCGCAAGGGAAGGGAACUGGGCUUGUUGGAGAAGAAAGGAAAGCAGGCUUUAAGAACGCUGGUGUGCCUCGGCAGGUGGGGAAAUUUGAGGUACGGAAGAGGGAGAGGGAUGGGUGCAGGGAAGGAGAUGGAGGGGAGGAGAACGUGGGGAGGGAGGAGAAAGGGGAGGCGAAUGAGGACUCGAACAGUGCUGGUUCUGGUGGGAGUGGUAGUGAGAAUGGGAGUGGCAGUGCGAGUGAGAGUGGGAGUGAGAGCAGGAGUGAGAGUGGGAGUGGGAGCAGGAGUGAGAGUGGGAGUGGGAGCAGGAGUGAGAGUGGGAGUGGGAGCAGGAGUGAUAGUGGGAGUGAGAGCAGGAGCGAUAGUGGGAGUGAGAGCAGGAGUGAGAGUGGGAGUGAGAGUGCUAGUGACAGUGAGACGGCUGUACAGGUGAGAGAGAGGAGUGGAUCAUCCCCCUUCAAGAGGGAUACGGCGAAGAUGAGGGGAGGAGAAGGGAAGAGCUGGGGGGGGAAAGCGGGGCAAAGGGGGAAGGGUAGGGGGAAGGCGAGGGGGGGAGCUGUGAGGGGGGAACGGAAAAACGAUGGGAUGGGUGUUAGGAUUAGAGGGGAAGAUGGGAGGAGGGAAAAUGGGGUAACGGAGCAAGGAGGAAUGGGAAUCAUGAAGGAAGAUGAGGGGAGAAGAGCAGAAGGAUUCACAAGGAAUACGGAGGGGAGACGGGAGGGGAAUGUGACGGGAGGAGGGGGCGGAGAAACGGGGGAAGGAGCAGAUCCUUUUGCGUAUGAGAUAGUGUGGGAGGAGGCAAGCAGUGGCGGGGGUGGUGAGGGAGGCGGGGGACGGCAUUGCGGAGAGGUGUGGGGAAGAGGGCAGGGGGUUGGGGGAGAUGCGGGAGAUGCACGGUAUGAGGUGUCCCGGGUGCGAGGGGGGCAGCAGUUUACAGUGACAGACCGGCAGACGGGCGACCGGGUGGCGUUUGCGUUUGAUGCGCCAGAGGAAACGGCAGCAGCGCUGGCGAGUGUGCAUGUGCUGGUGGCGUUUAUAGAAGAGGAGGAGGAGCGGCUCAGGUGGAAGACGGUAGAGGAGACAGCAGCAGCGCUGGCGAGCGUGCAUGUGCUGGUGGCGUUUAUAGAAGAGGAGGAGGAGCGGCUCAGGUGGAAGGUGCUUGGGGCGCAUUGA